GUUAAAGUGCUAAAUCGAAGUUUGAGGUUUGCCCUAAUUUUUCCUAGUUAGGUGACUCAGUUGGCCAAGGAAUCCAGCUUAUCAAAGCCUCCUAAAAAAAUGGGGAUUCUCUCUACCUAGGUCAAAUUGGCAUAGUAAUGAGAAAUGGAGAACACAACCCAAACAUCAUGAAAACUGUAAUAGAGACAUGCUAACAGAGACUCGGUUUGAGAACUGUAAGCCAUGUUCUACUCCAAUGGAACAUAACUUAAAGCUUAGCAGAACCAGUGGAGAUCUACUGGAUGAUCUGACCAUGUAUCGGGCUAUUGUGGGGUCACUCAGAUAUCUUAGUUCGACUAGACCAGAUAUUGCCUAUGCAGUACAGGUAGUGAGUCAGUUUAUGGGCAUCGCACGGACUAUGCAUUUAGAUGCAGUUCACAGGUUCCUACUGUACUUCCAGAACACUCAAGAUGUUGGCCUUUUCUUCCCUGCUAAAGGGGAGCCUGUGUUAGAAGCAUUUGCAGAUGCUGAUUUUGAGGGAUGCCUGUACACUCGGGGAUCUACCUCUGGAUGGUGUGUGAAGGUUUGACAGUUCUUUUGUGUCAUGGCGAUGUAAGAACAAGAGAGGGUGUCAAAAUCUUCUACAGAAGCAGAAUACAGAUCUAUGUCAGAGGUGAGCUUAAAACUGGUAUGGCUUCAGCGCCUACUUGAAGAAAUGGGUGUUACAUGUAGCAAGCUUAUGAGGCUAUAUGGUGACAAUACAAGUGCCAUUCGGAUUGCAACCAAUAUAGUUCUACGUGAUAGGAUGAAACAUAUUGAGACGCAUGUCCACUACAUAUACGACAGCUUGUCACUGAGGGAGUCAUUCAACUUAGUUAUUUGUAAACAGAAGAACAGAUUGCAGAUGUGUUGACUAAGGUAGUUGGGACUAGCCGCCAUUGAUACUUAUCUAACAAAUUGAUGUUGCGUAA